AUGGUUUCUUCAGACAAAAGUGCGGAUCAAAAUAUCCCUUCUGAUAAAUUGCAGCACAGAGCGAGUCCUGAUAGUGAUGUUACAUUGUCACAAGGUCAUGCUACUAAAAAUGAUCUUUCUAGACCAGAGGGAGUAACAAGUACUCUUUCUAUUGUAGCAAAUAAUGACGAGGGGAAGGAUUCUGAUGCUACUGCUUGUGCCUUGGAAUCAGAUCAAGAAGGAAGCACGUGCUCAUUACCACCUGAGAAACAUUUUCAGAGCCCUGAUACUCUUUUGAAUGAAUUGCCUCCAUUGCAAUCCAGUCAGGAAAGUCCCUCUAUAAUACGUGAAAAGGUAUCAAAAGAUGGCUAUAACUGGCGAAAAUAUGGCCAGAAACACGUCAAGGGGAAUGAAUUUAUUAGGAGCUAUUACAAGUGUACAUUUCCAAACUGCCAGGCCAAAAAACAAUUGCAGCAGUCAAAUAAUGGGAAUAUCACAGAUUGUGUUUGUAUCGGACAGCAUAAUCAUCCUAGACCUCAAUUGAACUCCACAGUAUCAGUCGAGUGUGUUGUGCCAGUUGUUCAACAAGCAGCACGCAAGCCCUUGUUAGUCAAUGUGAAAGCCAAAACAUCCGUUGAACAAGGAUGUUUGCCUCAACAGAUCAAGCCUUUACAGUCCCUUCCCCCUACAAAAGUGUCCCCAGUUAAUGAGUUGAAAGCUGCACAUUUACAAUUAGCUAAGGAAAGGAAUCUGGUUCAUGACAAUGAGGAUCCUGAGUCAAAGCGGCUGAAGAAAGACAAUAGUAAUGCGGAUGUCACUGGAGUUAACAUGUCAACUCGGGAAUCUCGUAUUGUUGUUCAGACUUCAAGUGAGGUUGAUUUGGUAAAUGAUGGGUAUCGCUGGCGCAAAUAUGGGCAGAAGCUAGUUAAAGGGAAUGCAAACCCACGAAGUUAUUAUCGAUGCUCAAAUCCUGGAUGCCCUGUCAAAAAGCAUGUGGAAAGGGCCUCUCAUGAUUCAAAAAUUGUAAUAACUACCUAUGAGGGACAACAUGAUCAUGAAACCCCCCCUGGAAGGACAGUCACUCAUAACGGAGAUACAUAUACUCACACAACGUUCACUAAUGGCAAGGCAGGAACCAAAUCUGAAGGUGCUACUGUUGAUAGAGGGGAACGAAGUGGCUUGGGCUCAGCAAGCAAAUUAACAGAGCAACUAAAUGACAAGUCAAUUACCAAGUCAAAGGUCGGUGACAUGGCUGAGUUUCACGAGAUCAGCCUUUCUUACGAGGGUAGUGAAAUUAAAUUAAGUGAGCAACAACAAAAAGAUAAAUCAGGCUCUAAAUAUGAUGAUUCUGUCAGCAAUGAUGUUAUUUGCCAUUCUAGUUCUGAAGUUCCGUGUAGAUCAAAUGAACAGGUGAAAGGUGAGGUAAAACCUUUAUCAGAAGGCACUAAGGAUUGCCUUAACAAGGUAGCCAUUCGUGACCCUCCCAGUACAGAAAGCGAACUUAAUAAGCAAUCAGCAGCUGAUCCAGAACCGGUCCAAAGCUAA